AUGUUGUUCAUGAAGUUGGCCAUCUUUGUAAAGUACUCCGGGUUGGAGGCCCCCAAGAUACGUAUAGCCAGCAGAGCAGCGUUGGUAGCGUUAUUAAUGGCAACGGUAGCCACAGGGACACCUCUUGGCAUCUGGACGAUCGAGUGCAGCGAGUCGACCCCGUCCAGUGUGGAGCCCUUGACGGGAACGCCGAUCACAGGCAGCGGAGUCAUGGCUGCCACCAUUCCUGGCAGAUGGGCCGCACCCCCGGCACCGGCAAUGAUACACUUGACGCCUCUCAAAGGCGCGUCGUGUGCGAACUUGGACAUUCUUUCUGGGGUUCUAUGGGCAGAAACAAUGGUCACCUCGAACGGAACGUCAAACAGCUUCAGAAUGUUGCAACCGGUAGCCAUGACAGGCAGGUCUGAGUCGGAGCCCAUGAUCACGCUAAUGAGCGGUUUCUUGGAGGUACCGACAACAUCAGCAGACUCGCUUUGUUGGAGGGCUGUGGUUUUCCCCUCGAUGAAGCUGAGACGACGCUCGCAGUCGUCCAUCGACUGCGAAACGAUAUUGAUGUGUCCGAGUUUCCGGCCCGGUCUGGUGGACUUGCCGUACAGAUAG